AAGGCAAAAGACAGCAACUACUAUAACAAACCCUUCCCAACUCUCCCAACCUUAUAAUUCCAACUACCAUUUUCUUCUCCGUCCUUUCACCACAAAGGAACAAGAAUAUCUACAUUUUUGUGUGUUGUUAGUUUGUUUGAUCAGAAUGAGGGAUAGAAUGGAAAAAUUUGUACUUCUUCCAUUUUCUAUGGGUUGCAUCUCUGAAUCAAGUGUUGCAAUUGGUCAACUUCAUCAUAAAAGAUCAAGCCCUCAUGAAACCAACUUAACUCCCACAAGGAGUCAAGAAGAAGGAAAAGAGGAGGAGGAGGAACAAGAAGAAGGAGAGGAUGAUGACAGAAUUUCAAGUUUGAAGAGUCCUAAUUUAAGCCUUAUGGCACUUCCCAAGUUUCAGAGGCUUUUCAAGAAUUUCAAGAACUUGUCCCACUUAUUUGUGGAUAAGGAUGAAAUGGAGGAUGAGGAGAUCAUUGGGAUGGAAAUAGGAGUUCCAACAGAUGUGAAGCAUGUGACUCACAUAGGAAUAGAUGGUGCCUCUACUUCUGUCCUUCCUAGGAGUUGGGAACAUCUCAAAAUCCCUAAUUUCCUUACUCUCUCUUCUUAAUUAAAACAUUAUUAUAUAUUCUGAUUUUUCAAAUUUGCAAGAAGGAAAUGUUAAGUGUCUUUAGUGCCAACAUAUAUGUGUAUUAAGGCUUUGGGAUUAUUGCCAAAAGUUUGUUUUUUGUACAGUGAUGGCUUCUUAAUUGCCUACUUGUUUGUGAGGUGUGGAAAAAAAUCCAAAUGUAAAGGUAUUGAUCAGAUAUGCGCUCUCUCCGUGCCAAUUUAUGUGAAGGUAUUUCGAUUUCGAGAGUCGAACGAAUCCGUAUAUGACCGCGGUUCUCUCA